AUGAGUGAGCCAGGCAAGGAGGUUGUCAAUCCAGGGCAAAGCAGAAGGCAAAGCAGAAGGCAAAGCGGAAGGCAAAGCGGAAGGCGAAGCAGAAGCAGAGAGAGGCACAUUCAUUUCAGCGUGGUAAGAAUCAUAAGAACAAUAGCAAUGAUGCUGCUGAUGAGAGGUGGGAAUUCUGUCAAAAUGAGGAAAAACAAAGGAUCAUAUGGGUACAUGGUCGAAGCAGGAAGAAGAAAUGGACGAAUGAAUUUCGAGAUGAAGAAAUUUCACGACUGUUUUGUCCAAUCCUGUAUUUUAAAAGGAAAAAAUGAGAAAGGUCCGAGGAAUCAGAGAAAUCAAAGACAGCAGGGAAAACAGAGAAAUCUAAUAAACUUAACAAAUCGAACAAACCAGAGAAAUCUAAUAAGCUUAACAAAUCGAACAAACCUGACAAGUCAGAAAAGUGCGCGAAAAAGAAAAAAUAACUUCCCUCUCUAUAACUUCGAACGGAGCGUAGAUAAAGUAACAGGGCAUUUUAUGAAAGAUAAAGAUUUAUUUAUAGAAGUUGAUAAAAAACAGAAGAUGAUAGAAGAAAUUGAAAAAAUGAGCGAUCUGCAAUAUGAGCAUGUGCAAAAAUAUCUAGACGUCUUAAGUGAAAAUGAUGUAUACGAGGAAAUUAUAAAUCAUAAAAUUCACCUGUACAAAAAAGGCAACGAACCGGAGAAGCAAGCCAAUUUAGUCAAAAUUCAAAAUUUUUUAAAUCCACAUAUAAUAAGCUUACGAAAAAAAAAAGCCAAAGAAAAAGUAGAAUAUCUCAUAGCUAGCUUAAUUAAAGGGGAAAAUGUAGAUCAAAUAAUUAUGAACAUGUUUCAGAAAAAGUUAAUAGAUAUCUAUGUACUUACAUUUAUUGAUGAUAAGAUAAUGGAAGCUCAUACGAAGCUUUUAAAAAAUAAUCAAGUGGAGCGAAUAGAUGGAAGUGGGGACAGCAGCAGAGAUGAGAUUAACCAUCGAGCUCUAGAUGGGAAUAGCACAACAGGAGAUAGCCAAAUCAGUAUUACAGAAAGAAUUCUAAGAACUCUGAAGGAUCGAAUCAUAGCACAACAGAAGCUACAAGUAAAGGGCACAUUUGACUUCACAAGAAUAUUAUUUCUAUCAACUACCUUAGAUCUAAGUGAGGACAGACAACCAAUUAUUAAAUCAGUUAUUAAAAGCUUAGAACAAUUAGAAGAGUUUGAACUUUACUUGUUAGAUGCACUAGACUAUGCUGAACAAAAUGAAAAGGUAAAACACUACGUUCCUCAUUUGGAACUUCUCCUACGCACAUGCAAAAAGAUGAACCCCAUUUUUAACCAGCUCUUAAAUAAACAGACAGAAAACGUUCGCUUCUUCCCCGACAAGGUCGACUUGUCGCAGUUUCGGGAGUUGUAG